GGGACAGGCCAAAAAGGAAACUUAGUAUUGCUUCAUGGGACGGAGGGAGUAUUAGAAGUGGUGAAAAAGUGAAAAGUAAGUGGUUUGAUAUAGUGCAAAUAUUGGUAAGAAGUUAUUUUGUGGACGUCCCAAAAAGAAAAGUUAGGAAGUUCUUUCGUGGACAGAUUAAAUUUUAAAAAAAAAAAAAUCUAUCUCCAUAUUUAUCUUUUGUUGAUUAAAUCUAAUUUCCAAAUUCUUUUUUAUUUUUAUUUACAUUUUUUCUUUUAUCUUAUUUUAUUUUCUUAAACUUUUUUGCUUCCUUUAUAAUUUUCUAUAUCCAACUCAAAUAUAUUUAGUUAAAAUUAUAUUUUUUUUAUUAUAUUUAGAAACAUGAUAAUUGAGUUGGUAUCAAUUUUAUAUAAAAGAAAUAUAAAAACAUUUUCUCGUCUAUUGCACGGGUGUAAAUGCAGUUGUUGUUUAAAUUACAAAAAUUGACCCAAUUCUAUAAUUUCAACAUGAGUUUUGAAGUGUAGCGAACAAAUUCCCAACUUUCGAUUUUUUUAUUUUUUAUUUUUUCUUGUAAUUAGUCUCGCCCAAAUAUUUUAGCAACUCAAACUUUCAAACUUCCAUCCAUGAUUGGAGCCAUAGAUUCAAGUUAUAAACGAUUGGGGUUUGAUGGGUUCAAGAAGAGGAAUAAUUUAGUAUAUGGGUCAAAAGUUUGAUAUUUUGUCGAUGUGGAUAAUUAAAUUUCGUCGAAGCUGUUACCAUUAUUAACACUGAAAUUAGUCAUCGCCCUUCCACACACCUUUCAACCCCUCAAUCUCAAUUUUCUUUGUGAUAUUAUUAUAACUAAACCAAUAAUUAUUCCUUAUUCCAUCCCUGCCUUUUUUCUUCCUUUGUUUAGCUUUGGUUGCCUUAAUCCUUCAGCUGCCAACAACUCCUCUUAAUGAAAUGAGAUAGAAAACCCAACGAAGACUUGACUCCAGAACACAUCAAAAUUGACUCAUAAAUGCAUCAAGACUCUCAAGUCAAGGAAGCCUUGUAAUAUUUGUGUAUAUAUUAAUUAGGGACUUAUCACAAUACAAUCACACCAUCUUAAUUUGCAGCUAUGGAGAAAAAGCUUUAUUCAAUUUUUGCGUAUGCAUUCCUCACCAUAAGCUUCCAAAUGCUUUCUUGUGUAGCCAAACAACCUAUGAGCCUUGCAACUGAUCAAACUUCCCUUCUUUCACUCAAACAACACAUCAUCUCCGACCCAUCUCGUAUACUCGCAACGAAUUGGACCAACUCGACCUCCGUCUGCAGCUGGACUGGCGUCACUUGCAGCUUGCGCCACCCAAGAGUAGCUGCCUUGAAUCUCUCCAACAUGGCUCUCUCCGGCACCAUUCCACCACAGCUCCGACACCUCUCCUUCCUCGUCUCUCUCGACCUCACCAACAACCAUUUCCAUGGAGAUUUGCCUCAAGAGCUGUCUCUCCUUCGCCGUUUGAAGUUCAUAUCUUUUCGACUCAACAACUUCACCGGUGACAUCCCUCCGAUGUUUGGUCAGUUACCAAAAUUAGACUACUUGAAUUUACGCAACAACAGCUUCAUAGGUUCCAUCCCGAAACCUCUCUCAAACCUGACAAACCUACAAUUUCUUGACUUAGCUUACAAUUCUCUAAGUGGAGAAAUUCCAAAAGAGUUGGGAAGACUUCAAAGUCUACAAACUCUGUAUGUUCAAUCUAAUCAUCUCUCCGGUGCUAUACCAUCAGCCAUAUUCAACAUAUCUACCCUUGUAGCUAUAGGUUUUACAUACAAUGAAUUGAGUGGAAGUCUUCCAACAGACAUGUGCAGUAAUCUUCCAUUUCUUACUGUGCUUAGUCUUUCUGAAAAUCAGCUGAGUGGCGUGAUUCCCGCAAAUCUAUCCCAAUGUUCACGACUUGAGGUUUUGAGACUGUCUUACAACUCUUUUAGUGGGCAGAUACCUUCAGAAAUCGGCUACUUAACAUCUCUUCAGAUUUUAUAUCUUGGUGGUAACAAUUUGAACGGUAUAGUACCACAUGAGAUUGGAAAUCUUCAGAGCAUGGUUACUUUUGCUGCUGAAAAGAAUGAGAUUGGGGGCUCAAUUGAUUUCAGUAUUUUCAUGAAUAUGUCUUCUCUGCAAAACAUAUAUCUAUGGCGCAACAUAUUCACGGGGAACCUUCCAAGGGAAGUCAGCAAUAUUACAAGGCUAACAAUUUUGGAACUCACCGAGAACUACCUUACAGGGCUUAUUCCCUCUAAAUUUGGCCAACUUUACCAUUUGGAGAUAUUACUACUAGAUUUUAACAACUUGAGUGGUUCGAUUCCACAUGAGCUCUUCAACAUUUCAACUCUUCGGAUUCUUUCACUUGUCGGCAAUGCUCUGUCAGGGGUUCUUCCAACCCAUUUAUGCCAUGCCUCUCCCUUUCUUGAAGCACUUUAUCUUGGUGUGAAUUCCAUGAGUGGAGCAAUACCCAACUCUAUCUCUAACUGUUCUCAACUCACAAUUCUCUCACUUGAGCAGAACAAGUUCAGUGGUUAUAUACCUACUCAUCUCGGCAACCUAAGACUUCUCCAACUUCUUUCUCUGUUCGGCAACAAUCUUACACAGGCACCGUCUUCUUCCUUCAUUACUUCAUUGACAAAUUGCAAGUCUCUAACUCUUUUGUCAUUUGGUAAAAAUCCUCUAAAUGGUGUCAUUCCAGCUUCUGUCGGGAACUUAUCUUCCUCACUUCGAACAUUCACUUGCCAGCAAUUGCAAAUUCAGUGGCAGCAUUCCUGUUGA